CAAAUUCAGCAGGUUAUGGGUUAAUGUUAUAUUUAGGCACAGCAAGUGAUGUUGCGGGCAAUAAAUCUAGGCCGAUUAAUUCACACUAUACAGAAGGAGAGGGAUAUGAGUAUUCUUUACAUUAGUAAAGUAGGGCCGGGUACCAAGGUGUUUCUACUUCGGGAGUAUGAAAACACAGAUCAAGCGUUUGCAGAAAUGUGGAAUUGGCCUACAGAAUUUGCAAAACAUCCGAAAAUGUAUUUCCGAUCCAAGGUGAACAUUAUGAAACAUAUUGCAAUGCAAAGGACCAAACUAAAUCCUUUGACUUCAGAAGUCUAUGGCGAGAUAGAUUUUUACAGCGAAAUCUUGGAAUUUUUCAUGAAAUGGAUGAUUGAAAGGAUUCGUGAAAGUGGUUUUGGAAAAACUUGGAAGAACUUGGUGGUCUUCCAGAAAAUCACCCGCUGUAUGUUGGACACCGGAAUUGAACGGGCGUAUGGGGCGAUGUUUUUCGCGCGUGGAAACUUCCCCUAUUCGCAUUUCUACGAUGAUUUUUUCCGGAGAAUUUUCAGAUUUAACUACAACUAUAGGAGCUCAACGUUCUAUUCAAAGGUUGUUGAUCCAAUUCUGGAUACGGACACGGACCAAUCAGCUACCACGAUAACGAUCAGGACUCUCCGAGAAGAAGUUAAAAAUAGUAACCAGAGUGGUAUCUAUACCUCAAACGAAAAAGCGAUGCUUUACUUUGAUAGCGUCUCUGACAGGAUAGAUUUCUUGUUUGAUUUGCAAGAACGUAUUGCGUCUUUGGUUGUGUCGAGUAUAAACUCGACGCUGAACGAUUACUUUAACAAUAUAAUAACAUUCAGCGUGGCCGCGUCAAUAGUUAUUUUUAGCUGCCCAUUCAUCAUGUUUUUCACGGAAUCAUUGACAAGUACCAUGCAGAAGUAUUCGAAAGUUCUCGUUAAGGCAUCGGAUGAGCUGAAUAAAGAAAGAAACAAAACUGAUUGCCUUCUGUACCAACUUCUUCCGAAACCCAUCGCCGACGGACUUAAACGCAACAGUAGAGUUGAAUCUGAAUUUUUCAAAUCCGCCACAAUACUGUUUACAUGCGUUGUGGAUUUCCUUCAACUGAGUAUAGUGUACUCAGCAUUUGAACUUGUGGAUUUGCUCAACAUCCUGUAUACAUGCAUAGAUGAGAGGAUAGAGAAAUACGAUGCCUACAAAGUUGAAACAAUCAACGACACGUACAUGGUCGUAUCAGGUGUGCCUGCUCGUAAUGGUGCAAGACACGCCUCUGAAAUCGCCUACUUGGCCUUGGAUAUUGUUACUAUGGUGAAAGGAAACGCCUUUCUGUCGGCUAGAAUGAAAUGUCCUGUACAUCUUUUACUAGGAAUUAACACAGGUCAAGUUUCAGCCGGCGUUGUUGGCAACAUUAUGUUGAGGUACUGUCUGUUUGGUGACACUGUGAACAUUGCGUCCAGAAUGAUGUCAAACAGUCAACCUGACAGAAUACAGCUGAGUGAUACAACUUUCCGUGCCCUGAAAAAAUGCGGCUCAUUCGUUAUAACCUCUCGUGGAAAAAUUGCUAUUAAAGGUAAAGGUGACAUGAAUACCUAUUGGCUAGUGGAUUCAUCACGUAUGUAUGAACGAACCCCAAUGUCAAUAAAAGAACACCUUCCGGGACAGACUGAUCGUGUAUCGGUUGUUAGUGCUAGUGCGCAGCCGGGAACAAGCCAGGAGAGACAAAUAGACUCGGAUGAAGAUGUUGCAUAGUAAACGAACGAACUUUCACAUUCAGUGCUAGAUUUAAAUGUAACAGUAACACGGGCCAUUUUUGGUCAUAAGGCUGGCAAAUAUUUUCUUGUAAUUCGUUGCAAAUUCAUUUAAACUGGCCAGCUAGAUCCAAAAAGAUAAAUAUAAUAUAUUGGGUAAGAUCAACAAUUUGGGUUUCGAAACAAACAAAUUAGACUUUUCGGCAAGUUUCAUGUAGGCCAUAAGAUUCAUAUAUCUAAAAAUGGUUACUUUGCACUUUGUGGAACCAGUGUAGGCCUAUUGUAACGAUAAAAAAAUAUUCAUAGGUUUGAUAGAUCUAAUUUUAUUAAUAAAAAAAGUUGAUUAUUCAUAAGUCGUGUUAUAGAGAGUCGUGUAUCUAUAAUACGGCGUGCAUCUAUAAAACAUAUUGAAUCUGUAAAAACGUCGUGAAUGUUUAAAAACCGUCGUGUAGUUAUUUUAU